CCAUCAGUGCAGCCCAGCAGUGCUGCCAGUGCAGCCAGUCAGUGCCCAGCGGUUGUGCCAGUCAGGGCCCAGCAGUUGCGCCACCAGUCAGUGCCCAGCAGCGAUGCCAGUCACUGCCACCUAUCAGUGCUGUCUAUCAGUACCCAUCAUCAGUGCCACCUAUCAGUGCCGCCUAUCUGUGACACCUCAUUAGUGCUGCCUAUCAGUGCCGCCUAUCCGUGCCACCUCAUUAGAGCUGCCUAUCAGUGCCCUUCAGUGCUGCCUAUCAGUGCCCUUCAGUGCAGCCUCAUCAACGCACAUCAGUGAAGGAGAAAAAUUACCUGUUUGA